UCUUCUUCUCGGCAUCCAUCCAUGUCAUUCGAUUAAAUGCAAAGUGCUCCGUAACAUUUCAAUUCUCUUCUCAUCUAUCUCUCUCAGCAUGUUGUUGGAGAUCAUAUGUGGGUUGGUUAUCUACAAACUGUUUCGCAGCCUCUUCUGCGGCAGCGCCGUCUGCAGCAGCGCCGAUGACCCCUUGGACUUCGACUUCUAUGCUUCCAAUGCCCUCUUCUCUGUCGCUGCCCAGCUUGAGAAACUUUAUGAUGGGAAGGCUUAUGUUGGUCUCCGGAUUCCCGAUCCCGACACCCGUUCCAGGCAGCACAUCGACUUGGCCUUCGUCACUGAAGGAAAAGUUUUGGUGGUUUCUGUUAAAAACUUUGCGGGCUUCAUUUCCAGAUGUGAGGAUGGCAGCUGGGUCUGCAGAGAUAAAACUCGUAACAAAAAGAAAUUGCAUCCCGACCCUGUUGCAGAGGCUAAGAAGGCAGCUUUGAUUCUUGAAUCAUAUCUUAAACGGAGAGGAGUUGCUCUACCUGUUGGAUCCGUUCGUUACUUAGUUGUUCUUCCUAACCCAAAGUCCAGUUACCUUAAACGUCCACCACCGGAGGUUAUUACAUAUGCACAAUGGGCACAGCUGAAACCCGAAUUAAAAAAGAAACCAGAAUCACAAAGCAUGAUUUAUGGUUGGAUAAAGGGAGCUUUCUGUGGUGCGAAGACAGAAAUGCAGGAACCCAUGCAUCAACAAAUUAAAUUUGUUCUUGGCACCAGUCCGAUAUGGGAUAGGUUGGAGCUUAAAGGAAAGAAGUACGUUUUGGGAGAGUUCCUGGAAUUUGAAGGGAAACAAGAAGACAUCCGAGUUUUGAGUAAUAUCAGAAGAUCGAAAAUUGAUCGUUUGAUCGUUCAAAAGACAAGCAUGUUUGGAUUAGCUCCGUUGAGGCUCCAGGUUUUGUACUUUCCCCGUGAUUAUCGAAGUGAAGGAGUCUCAUAUUUAGAGUUGAAAGAAGUGACCGUGAGAUCAAACACUGAGAUUCUCUUCCAGCCUGCGGACGCCAGCAAAGUCGGGAAGGUCGACCUGUCUUCAGUUGUCUCUAUGACACUGAGUGCGUAAGAUUUUUAUGACAGGAUGAAGAUUCAAGCAAUGACCUUUACUAUGCCAUUCUUGAAAGUCCUGUCAUGUAUCUUAUCGGCUUGUUUGUGCUGAACAGAUAUUCCAUGUAAGAUAUACUGUAAGAUCUAUUUUUAACUCUGAUAGAAUUUUGGUGAGGAAGAGGGAAUCCACUGGUAUUCGCUUGAAAGGAAAUGAAAGGUUGCGCUAUUUCAACUUA